GCUCGUUGCAAGGCGGAGACUACAAUCCCAGGAGCCCGUGUGGGUAAAUGUGGGGAAAAUAAUAACUUCCUGAAAAACGCAGGACUAGAAGGCGCUGCGGUGAAGGGAAAGUGGAAAACCAUAGUCGGUGUUUGUAAAGCAGGCGCCCCGCGCGUGGGCUGUGGAUCUAUUAGAAUUUUUCUCUUACAAGUAGUAGUUGUUCGUGACUUGAUUACCCUGUUUGGAAGCAUUUUCAUUGGCUAGACAUGGGUUGCCGUGACGUCCAUGCUGCAACGGUCCUGGCUUUCCUUUCUGGAACAGCUGCCUUAUCAGGACUUAUUGCUGCUGCCCUGCUUCCAAACUGGAGACAAAUGCGACUGUGCACCUUUAACAAAAACGAAAAGAAUGUGACAGUUUACACUGGACUCUGGAUUAAGUGUGUUCGUUUUGAUGGAAGCAAAGACUGUGUGAUUUAUGACACCGAAUGGUAUACAGCCAUAGAUCAGUUGGAUUUGCGUAUCCUCCAGUUCACUCUUCCCAUAAGCAUGCUAACUACGGUGUUGGCUCUGUUUCUCUGUUUGAUUGGCAUGUGUAACACGGCCUUCAUCUCAUCUGUGCCAAACAUCAAGCAAGCCAGAUGUCUCAUAAACAGCGCAGGUUGCCAUCUUGUGGCUGGCCUCUUCUUUCUCCUUGCAUGUGUCAUUUGUUUGGCUCCAUCUAUCUGGGUCAUUUUCCAUAAUCAAGAAAUGAACAAAAAAUAUGAGCCUGUUUUCUCCUUUGACAUUUCUGUCUUCAUUGCUAUUGCCAGUGCGGGAGGCUUGCUUUUCACAGCCAUUCUCUUAUUCCUGUGGUAUUGUGCAUGCAAAACACUGCCUUCCCCUUUCUGGCAGCCCCUGUAUUCACAUGCGCCCAGUGUACACAGUUAUGCUUCCCAACCAUAUUCUGCACGAUCACGCCAUUCUGCCAUUGAAAUUGACAUCCCUGUGGUUACACAUACCUCUUAAAAAAAAAAAAGAUGUUGGAACAGGCGAAUACCCUUUGGCUGUUUCAUAACAAAGCACUAUGGAUCAGGUAAUUCCACUCUCACUGUGUGGGAGACUUCUAAAAAUAAUGUAUAAGUGGCAUGUGAACAAGAUUGGCAUUAUAAUUGGUAGUUUUUACAGCUGCUUUCUUUGGGUUUACUACAGGGAGGAAUGGAGUAAGCCAAAAUAUUAGCAGUCCUGCUUGUGAGUUACUUGCAAGUCUUGUAAGUCUCAUCAAAGGUGAUGGUAUUUAAGUUCAUAGGUACCGUAACUUAAAAAUAGAGAUUUUUUUACUAUUAUGUAUUUUUAGCCAGUUUCUUCCUUGAAUUGUACUACUGAAAAAAACAUCUGCUGAUGUUUGUAAAUCAGACUUGUGGAUUUUUAAGCAUUUCUGGUUUGUCCAACUUUCAUGCUAAGCAGAACUUAAAGAAUGGGACUUAGUUGCCUUCCGUUGCAGUUUACUGACCCUCCUUUUUCGCAGUUUUGCUUGUGGGAUUUAGGGACUCUCACAGAUAUCAUGGGAUAUGAAGGAUGGGACAGCAGUGGGGAGAGAAAAAUCUGCAAAACUUAUCCUCUGUCUCUGCAGCCAGCAGAAGUGCUGUUACACUAUAGAACCUUUGGACUUAAACCAGGGAUUUUAGUAAUAGUGAUAGCUAUUUUAUGUUUGAGAAUGAUAAACUUUGUGCCUGUGUUACCUCUACUAUUUAUGCAGGGAACAGUAAUAAAAUCAUUUUAGUCUCUUUUGUAAUACUGGAACAGAAACUCUAUGUUAAGCUCUUGCAUUUUCCCAUUCCUUCAGUCUUUAUAGCAGUACUACUUCACUCUUAUUCCAACUCUUGCUUUCCUUUGUGCAAAUAUAAAAAAUAUUUGUGAAUGUUAUGGAGUUGUGCUAUCAAAAUAGAGCCUUCUCUUGGUAGAAAAAUUGGAGAUUCAGAAAGAGGCAUACCUUAUAAUUUAGUUUUGGUUUCAUAGCAAUAAUGUAGUCUGAAUUUCCUAAGAAAGUUUACAUUCUUUAUAAAACAUUUCUGUAAAACUGUAUUUUUCUUCAGAUUUUCUUCAGACUUAGUAAGAGACCAAAAUCCAUUUACAGUUCUAAGAAUUUAUACAGUAAAACUGAUAAAAAUCCAGAUGGCCUCGGUUAUAUAAAGUUGCUGUAUCAUUUCUAGACUGCUUCUAAAACUAAUCUAAAUUGAGUGAAUAAGGAUUAUUUUUAAGGGAUGUUAGUGAAUAAGGAUUAUUCAUCGUUACUGAAUAAGGAUUAUUUUAAGGGAUAUUAAAAAUGGAUGUUAGCCUUUUCCAAAUCAAUUCUAACCUUAUAGUAACCUUUUAGAGUAUCUUUUGUAUAAAUAUUAUUGAAGAGACUAUUAUCAAAUGCAGUGUUUUAUUUGGAAAUUUGUUUCACUAGUGGACUUCACAUAUUAAAGUUUGCAUACAAAGUAGAUUUU